AUGAUCUCUAACUCACAUGUGUAUACACCACCGGCAGCUUCCGGCAGCUCCGUCAGCGCCGCUAGAUCCGUCUUCGCCGCCAGCACGUCGCAGUGCUCGUCCGUCGAGACGUGCUACGAGGGCGGCGCGUCCUCCACUCCAUGCACCGUGUCCACUGGCGGCUGCCCGCCCUGCAUCACCUUCUCGGACGACGGCUGCUACGUCAAGGUGGAUGGCUCCUGCCCCUUCGGCGUGGACUGCUCGUCCGUCUGGGGAUCGUCCACCACCACGUCGAGCGGCAGCUCCACGUCGUCCACGACCUCUACCACCACGAGCUCCGGCAGCACGACGAGCGGCACCACCACGACGUCCAGCACGACGUCGGAUACCGACACGACCGGCACUGCCGGCACGUCGUCCACCUCGGGUACCGGCACUACCGGCACUGCCGGCACUUCGUCCGGCUCCACGACAUCCAGCGCGUCCGGCAGUUCCGGCACCUCCGCCGGUGACUCGAGCAGCUCCGGCUCGGACAUGAGCGUCGUGUUCGCCAUCAUCGGCGCCGCUAUCGGCGUCAUCGCUGUUGCCGUCAUUUUCCUAACGCUCGUUCGACGCUCCAAGGCCGCGCACGAGGACGAGGACGACGACAUGGCCAACACGCCGCCGGCCUUCGCCAAGAACCCGGUGGUGCAGGCGCCGCACAGCACCACGGGCGCCACGACGUACGCCAGCUACGGCGGCGCCAACCGGCCUGCCGGCAUGGGUUCCGGCACUGGCGGCGAGAUCGGUCUGGACAUGAGCAAGAGCGGCGGUGUGUCCAUGAACGCCGUGAGCUACUACAACCAGCAGCCGCCGCAGAACUCGGCCGCGCCGUCGCCGCGCGUGGCCGGCCGCGCCAUCCCGUCGCAGCCUGUCGGUGGCAUGGGCCGGUCGCACGGCAGCAACCCGAACUUCGCCGCGUCGGGAGGGUUCGGCGUCACGAGCGGCCUGGGCGCGUCGGGUGUCGGCAUGGCGAGUCAGGCACCGCCGGCACAGAUGCAGCACAUGCCCAUGGGCGGCGUGGCGCCGUCCCCGCACACGCGGAGAGAGUCGUACGAGUUCUAA